AUGACCCAGGCAGUAGCUACCACAGUUUCCAAGGGCAGCAGCAGACCGUCGACAAGCGGUCGUCGAAAGCCAAAGAACACAUUUUUCGGACCUUACCUGUUGCUACAGACCAUCGGCGAGGGCGAGUUUGCGAAGGUCAAGCUUGCGAUUCACAGAGAGAACGGCGAAGAGGUUGCAAUCAAGCUCAUCAAGAAAGAGAGCAUCGAUACCGAGGUCAAGCUGUCAAAAAUCCAGCGAGAGAUUGCCGCUCUAAAAGCCGUAAACUUCAGCUACAUCGUGAGGCUGCACGACAUUAUCGAGACCGAGCGGUACAUUGGUAUUGUGAUUGAAUACGCAUCCGGAGGCGAGCUGUUUGACCAUAUUCUGGCGCACCGGCAGCUAAAGGAGAUCGAUGCUUGCCGGCUCUUUGCCCAGUUGAUUGCCGGCGUCAGCUAUCUGCACGCCAGCAACAUUGUGCACCGCGACCUCAAGCUUGAGAACUUGCUGCUUGACCGCAACCGCAAUAUCAAAAUCACAGACUUUGGAUUUGCCAACCAGUUCCAAGGACCGGGCGAUGAUCUCAUGUCGACAAGCUGUGGCUCUCCGUGCUACGCGGCGCCCGAGCUCGUGGUUUCCGACGGUCCAUACGCCGGUACCGCGGUCGAUAUCUGGUCGUGUGGUGUGAUUCUCUACGCGAUGCUUGCCGGAUACCUGCCGUUCGACGACGACCCAUCCAACCCCGAGGGCGACAAUAUCAACCAGUUGUACAAGUACAUUCUCAACACGCCCCUGGUUUUUCCCGAGGGGGUCAGCGCAUUGGCCCGCGACUUGCUGCGCCGGAUGCUUGUACCCAACCCAGAGCACCGCGCGACUCUCGAAGAUAUUAAGGUGCACGAAUGGAUGAAACCGUACGCC